CGGCCUGAAAGAGGGGAGCACCAUGGCGCCUUCAGUUCUGCAGAACGGCGGAUUCAUUCUGGGCCUGAUUGGGGCAGCAGGUCUCAUCGCUACAACUGGGAUGAACAAUUGGAGUGUGAAGGACAGACAGGGAGACGUGGUGACUUCCGUCUACAUCAACAAAGGUCUGUGGCAGGACUGCCAGACCGCCUCGUCGGGAAUGACUGAGUGCCGCCCGCUCUACGGCAUGCUGGGAUUUUCAAGUUCCUUCCAGGCUGUGAGGGCGCUGAUGAUCGUGGGCGUGGUGCUCAGCAUCCUUGGAACUUUGAUUUCAGUUUUCUCCUUAAAGUGCCUCACAAUGACCAGCAUGGGAGACACCACCAAGGCCAAGAUGAGCCUCACUGCUGGAAUCAUGUUCAUCAUAGCUGGUGUGUGUGGCAUUGCAGGAGCUUCUAUCUAUGCCAACCAGAUUGUGGCUUCUUUCCAAAUGUCCAUCAACUACGGAGGAAACUACGGAGGAAACUAUGGAGGAGGAAUGGGAGGAGGAAUGGGAGGAGGAAUGGGGGCACAGCGAUACACAUUUGGCCCGGCCCUUUUUGUGGCUUGGAUUGGAGGAGGGAUCCUCCUUGUCGGAGGCAUCCUGAAAUCUUUGGCUUUCAGAGAAAUAAUGAAAGAUGAAAAGUCACAGUACCCAGGCGUGGCUUACAAAGCGCAGGCUCGCGGUAAAGUCGACCAAGAUGAUCACCAUUCAGUGGGUGCAAAGAAAGACCACAACUAUGUCUGAGCUUUUACCUUCACACAAGCAGCCUGCUUUAACUGUUCCAGUCUUGACCUUCCAAGCUGCUUACUGAGGGGAUGAGGGGAGCCACAGGAGCAGUCACACCGGCUUCAGUUUGCACGUGCAUGUCAGUGCUUACUACAUAUUCAUAAAUGCUCCAAACUGGCAACCCAAGAUAAAUUUUUUUUACACAUUUUGCUCAAUUGUUGCAUUUGUA